AAACAGUGUUACGGUUUGUUGUGAUCAUUGAGUGGUAAACACGAGACAAAUGGCCAGAAGUGCGACAAAACGUCGUUUGAGUGACGGAUCCGACGCCGAAGACAUUGAUGACGCGGACGUGAGGGCCGGUCCGUCGAGUGGUGGACAGGGAGGGGACGUGCGGUCGCGUCAGUGCCCAUACCUGGACACCAUCAACAGAGGGCUCCUGGACUUCGACUUCGAGAAACUCUGUUCCGUCUCAUUGUCUCAAAUCAAUUGUUACGCUUGUCUUGUGUGCGGGAAGUACUUCCAGGGUCGAGGGAUCGGAACGCACGCAUACAUGCACUCCGUAUCUGUUGGACACCACGUGUUCCUAAACCUGGAUUCCCUUCGCUUCUACUGUCUGCCCGACAACUAC